GGCGGGGACUUGUCAGGACGAUUUGGAAAGAGGAAAGGAAGAGGAGGAGCGAGGAUCCAUGGCGGCUCUGGUUGCUGUUUGCGGUCAUCUAGGGAGGAAAAAGUUAACGCACUUCGUCAAGGCUGCUGUCUUCCUUACAGAUCCUGGGACUCACGCGGUGCUGUGGAGAAGUUGUUCACAAUAUAAACAGGUAGCUGGCAAUGAGGACCUGCCCGUUCCAAUGGAAAAUCCUUAUAAGGAACCUCUUAAAAAAUGUAUCUUAUGUGGAAAACGUGUAGAUUAUAAGAAUGUACAGCUUUUGUCCCAGUUUAUUUCUCCAUUUACUGGAUGCAUUUAUGGAAGGCACAUAACAGGUCUUUGUGGGAAGAAACAGAAAGAAAUCACAAAAGCUAUUAAGAGAGCUCAAAUAAUGGGGCUUAUGCCAGUUACAUACAAGGAUCCUGCAUAUCUCAAAGACCCUAAAGUUUGUGACAUCAAAUAUCGGGAGUAAAUUAUAUGAGUCUUAUCAUCAAUAAACAUAUUUUACAAUAAAUGGUUGUAUGAUUCUAAUAUUGACUCAAAUUAUAAGAUUAUUUAAUAAACUUUGGGUAGAAAAUCGGCUAAACCUUUUCAAACUAAAGUAUUUUUAAUUCUUAGUAAUUGAAAUCCUACAAGGAAAAAGUGAGUAAAGCUUCCUCUCCACUGCUCUUUAAAGAAAACAGGUUAUUUAAAAUGUUAAUACUCAUUACAUUCUAUAUACACACAUAUACAAAUUUUAAAAACUGGUACUGUGGAUGGUCCCAGUUAGCUCAUACAACUCAUUGGGAUUUAAAAUAUGGGAAGGAUGACUUACAUUAGAAUUUUACUUUAGGCCCAGAUUCUGUCUUAUAAAUGGGAUAUUAGGGAUAUGGGUGCAUGAAGAUGGAAUGCUUGUAUUAAUGUACAAAUUCCAUGUGGCAGGGUGUGGAUUUUCUAAUUAGCAAAUAGAAGUAUGCCUGGCUAGGACAGUGGGUCUUCUCUCUGUAGAGAUGUUACAUGGGGAUGGAUAGUGGCAUAGUCGCAGGACCUCAGAUUUACUCCUGGGCUAGUCUAUCUUAAAACUGGUAGCAUACUUUAAAAUGAUCCAUAGGCAAGUGGUCUAGAACGAUCUUAUUUACUCCAGUGAUAAAAACUAAUAACCAAAAGAGGAGGAUAAUUGGGGGAAAAUGAUCUAUGAGGACCCUUUUCCUUCCUUUCAUUUAAUACCCUGAAACUUGGGUCAUCAAACUUCAUUAUGGAAGUUCAGCCAGUACUGACCUCAGCAAGCUUCUCUGAAAAUUUAGCACUUCUUUCUUCACAGAUGGAUCACUGUGCACAAGUAUGAGCCAAAUACAUUACCUCUCUAUAGUGUUUUAGCAAAUUGAACUUUGUAUGAAGGCCUGUUUCUUGUAAGCAGUCUUUGAAAAAUCUUAAGCUUUUGUCUUCAGAAGACAUUCGAGUAUGUUGGUUACUUGUUGCUUUUGCAGUUCCUUGUCUAGCCCGUUUUAUCUGUUGGUUUAUAAACUGGUACAUGGAGGGCAGGGAGAGACUGAAGAGGCAGACAACUCCAGAUUUGUGGGUGGCGGGCUUAAUAAACACGGGAAAUUACUUACAAAGUUUGUCCUGGGUGGCCCCAAGACAGGUAGAUCUCUGCACCUGCCUACUAGUCUUAAAAGUUUAUACUGAGGCCUUAACUGGGUUCAGUGACACAAUCCAUAUGGUGUCGACACCUUACUUUCUCAAGGCUAUGUCCUUGAAACAGCUCCCACUGUGGAAACAGUAGACAAAAUAUACAUUCCAAGGAUAGGAGUGGGUGAGGAACCUUUGCUUCUGUCCAGCUGGCAGGUCAACCAGCAGUCCUGUGCUCUCAGCGACCUCCUCCAACAGUUCAUUUGUUGGUUGCAUUUAGUCUUUACCUGUGUUCUAUGUGAUGUUCUGUAUGCUCUAGUGAUGCUUGUGGUUACUUUUUAAAAAAGAUUUUAUUUAUGAGAGGG